CGGAGCCGGAGCCCGAGCGCGGCCGCCGCCUGCCGGGCCUCCCCUCGCCGCGGCCGGCCGCCGCGCUCCCGCCCGGGCGCCCAGCUAUGUACUCCCCGUACUGCCUCACCCAGGAUGAGUUCCACCCGUUCAUCGAGGCGCUGCUGCCUCACGUCCGCGCCUUCUCCUACACCUGGUUCAACCUGCAGGCGCGGAAGCGCAAGUACUUCAAGAAGCACGAGAAGCGGAUGUCGAAGGACGAGGAGCGGGCGGUGAAGGACGAGCUGCUGGGCGAGAAGCCUGAGAUCAAGCAGAAGUGGGCAUCCCGGCUGCUGGCCAAGCUGCGCAAAGACAUCCGGCCCGAGUUCCGAGAGGACUUUGUGCUGACCAUCACGGGCAAGAAGCCCCCCUGCUGCGUGCUCUCCAACCCCGACCAGAAGGGCAAGAUCCGGCGGAUUGACUGCCUUCGCCAGGCCGACAAGGUGUGGCGGCUGGACCUGGUCAUGGUGAUUUUGUUUAAGGGGAUCCCCCUGGAAAGUACUGAUGGGGAGCGGCUCUACAAGUCGCCCCAGUGCUCGAACCCCGGCCUGUGCGUCCAGCCACAUCACAUUGGAGUCACAAUCAAAGAACUGGAUCUUUAUCUGGCUUACUUUGUCCACACUCCGGAAUCCGGACAAUCAGAUAGUUCAAACCAGCAAGGAGAUGCGGACAUCAAACCACUGCCCAACGGGCACUUAAGUUUCCAGGACUGUUUUGUGACUUCCGGGGUCUGGAAUGUGACGGAGCUGGUGAGAGUAUCACAGACUCCUGUUGCGACAGCAUCAGGGCCCAACUUCUCGCUGGCAGACCUGGAGAGUCCCAGCUACUACAACAUAAACCAGGUGACCCUGGGGCGGCGGUCCAUCACCUCCCCUCCUUCCACCAGCACCACCAAGCGCCCCAAGUCCAUCGAUGACAGCGAGAUGGAGAGCCCUGUCGACGACGUCUUCUAUCCUGGCACAGGCCGCUCCCCAGCAGCUGGCAGCAGCCAGUCCAGCGGGUGGCCCAACGAUGUGGAUGCAGGCCCGGCUUCUCUAAAGAAGUCAGGAAAGCUGGACUUCUGCAGUGCCCUCUCCUCUCAGGGCAGCUCCCCGCGCAUGGCUUUCACUCACCACCCGCUGCCUGUGCUUGCUGGAGUCAGACCAGGGAGCCCACGGGCCACAGCGUCAGCGCUGCACUUCCCCUCCACAUCCAUCAUCCAGCAGUCGAGCCCGUACUUCACACACCCGACCAUCCGCUACCACCACCACCACGGGCAGGACUCGCUGAAGGAGUUUGUGCAGUUUGUGUGCUCGGAUGGCUCGGGCCAGGCCACCGGACAG